AUGGCAAGUCCUUCUGUCAUUGCAUCGUCUGGUAGGGCUACCAGGCCAGGCAAGCUGGCCAUUCCACCCGUAUCAGCCGCCUCGUCCCCUGGCUCGGCGUUACAAAUAUCACCGGGCUCUGGCGCAUCUACGCCUACAUCAUCGACUCCCCAACUGGCCAUGAAGCCGGCAGCCAAUGGUCCUGUGACUAUCGCGACCAUGGCGUCCACCCCAGGGCCGCAGUGCCAACCGGCCAAGAACUCCAUCACCAGCAAGGAAUGGGUCAUCCCGCCCCGGCCGAAGCCCGGUAGGAAGCCCGCCACGGACACACCUCCCACCAAGCGCAAGGCUCAGAACCGUGCAGCACAGAGGGCAUUCCGCGAACGUAGGGCCGCUCGAGUAGGUGAGCUGGAGGAGCUGCUCGACGAGCAGCGCCAGGAGCACGAGCGUGUCGAGCGUGACCUCCACGAGCACAUCCAGGGUAUGGAUACCGAGGUUCACAAUCUGCGGGAUCGAUGUUCGGCCCUGGAAGGCCUUCUCGAUAAGGAGCGUGCAGAGCGGGGCCGAGUUGCAAACGAGCUUGAGGCCAUGCGGAGGCGACUUCGUGAUGAGCAAGCAAGUGCAUCCGCUCGGAAUAACAGCCUUCCCGGACUGCACGCUGCCCUCUCCCAGCACCACACACCACGGAGCAGCAUCGCCAGCACCCAUUCUGGCCACAGGAAUUCCGCGUUUGCUAUAUCCCAGUUGAUAUCUCCUUCCAACCCUUCUGAUUCGUCCUCGGACCGGAGACCCCACGACGCCGGCUGCGGCGGCUGUGACCCGAAUGGCCCUUGCGUUUGUGUUGACGAGGUCCUCUCCACUGCCGGUCACGUCGUGGACUGUGGCAACUGUAGCCUCGGGACAAGGUGCGAAUGCCUCGAAGCCGCUCUGAACCCAUCAACCAAUACAGAACCAGACCUCAAGCGAAGACCAUCUUCAAUCUCGCCUCUCGAACCAGAGGAAAAGAGACACAAGCCAAGCCACAGUGAGAACGAGAUCGACUUCACCGCCAUGUUCUCUAAGAAGGGAGCAUCGGCCGUUGCAACGAUACCAGAGCCUCUCCCUCCGCCCAUCGCCAUUCCGCCGCGUGACUCAUGUGGCUUCUGUACGGAAGGUACAUAUUGCAUGUGUGCUGAAGCUGCCGCCGCUGCCGCCGCCGAGUCACAGUCAUUAGCACCUAUGGGGUCGCAGGUCCAAACACCCCCGCCAUCAGACGGCGACGUUGGUCCUCCGCCAAUGGAGUUCACCUCUACGGGGGCCGUCAAGCUUCCACGCCUCUCCAGUCUCAACAGGCCCGCCCCGUCCCGCUCCUCCAAUAAGAGUGGUGGAUGUGGACCGAAUGGCCCCGGUACUUGUGCUCAAUGUCUGGCCGAUCCCAAGUCGGGUCUUUUCUGCCGCAGUCUUGCAGCCAACUUCGAGAAGCAAGGCGGUACUUCCAAGGCUGGCGGCGGCUGCUGUGGUGGUUCCGCCGGCGGUGGCUGUUGCAAGAGUAAGCCCAGCGUCACGUCUGGACCAAGUGUCGGUCUCUCGUGUGCAGACGCGUACAAGACUAUCUCCAGCCAUCGCAACUUUGAGAGGGCCGCAGACGAUAUCAGCUCCUGGCUGCCCAGGCUACGUGCAGUACCACGACCUCAGGAGGUUGGCGAGAGCAGCAGCCGACGCCCGCCCAUUGAGGUCGAGACGGCGAGUAUCAUGAGCGUCCUCAAAGGAUUUGACGUGAGGUUUGGUAGAGAAGCAUGA